CCAAAUAAAUCUGAUUCCAAAUGGCAUUCAAUCAUGUCCCAGGAGUUAUCUGAAAGGAUAUAGGCUAUAUUAGCUUCCAGAAUAAAUAACUGCAUUAAUCCAACAUGAAUAUAUGUGUACGUACUGUUAUCAUCUAGAUACUUAGAAUUUUUAUGCAGUUUUUUUCUGCGCAGGAAAAUUAAUAAUAUUCUUUUAGUCAGAGAUUUAUAUAUCUAGUGUGGUGUUCUUGCAUGCUACUAUAUAUAGCCAGUUCCAUAUAUUGCAUGAUUGGCUCAUGGAUUCAUGAAUCCCUGUUCAACAGUCCCUUGCUUCAAAAGUAUUUAUAGAUUCAUGAAUCCAUGUUGAUAUAUUUUCUAGUUACCAAAAGAAGGAUUCUGUAGGAUUUAAUUCUUUUAAGAAUUAGAUUUUAAGAACAAAAUAUUUUUUAAAAAAAUGGGGGAAAUGACAGUUGAAACCAUUUCAGUUUUCUCCUAGAUUGUUGAAUAUGCCAUAGUACUAAUAAGUUUAAAUAUCUGCAUCUCCAUUCAGAAAAUUAGUUGUUCCAGUGUUAUAGAAAUGGCAUCAAAUUAACAAAUAUAUCACAUUUUCAUGUUGCCUAUUUCAGGGCUUAAAUAAAGUCUGCCCUUCUAAAUGAAAUAUUCUUGCUCCCUAGUUUUUAUCAGACUUUCUGAGUGUGUCACAUUUAUCUCUCCACAUUCGUUUUAUAUUUUUAGCUCUCCAUCUGAGUCUUCUCUUUCCUUUCUACCUUAUUUAACAAUACAGAGAUCUAAGCUGUUCUUCAAUAAAGAUCAACAGUGCAAAAAAGGAAACACUGCAUUGAAUCUCCUUGUAUUGCACUCAUAUUUGAAUGUAAUAUUAUUUCAUUGAAGCAGAAAAGAAGCUAGAAAGAAGAAAACUCAAAAGUACCUGUACAACUGAUGAAAAGGUGUUUGGAAACUCUGGGGUAGUAAUGAAUUGGAUUUUAGACCUUCCAUAGAAUUACUUCAAGAUGGAUCUUUUUGUGCUUAUUGUUGGAUUUUUUACUGCACUUGAAUCAACGUAGGAUUGCAGUUUUGAUCACUUUUUUUCCAUUCCUAUAGAAUCUUUUCAGUAUAUGCAUUUUAAUAAAUGCAUAUAAUUGAAGCAGGAUAUAAAGAUAAACAAAUAAAAAAUAACAUGAGCACAAAUAUAUAUUUCAGUAUUUAAAUAAACCAGAAUGGAAUAAUAUGGGUGAAUGUAAUCAGGAUCCAUGAUCCUAAAAUGUUGUUUUUUUCUGUAAAUAUAUUAGAAAAUAAUUCUAGCAUCCUUCUGUUACACAGUGGAUGAAUACAUUGCUAUAGCAAAGGAAAAACAUGGAUACAAUGUGGAACAGAAUAUAUAGUUUGUAUUGGAGAAAGUAUCAAAAACAUUAGGUGCAGCUAGGCACUUGGCAUGUUGUUCUGGCAUAAGCACAACAUUGAGAAAUCCCUUGCAGAUCUCCCGAAUUUUACUCCUUUUCCAGAUGAGUGGACAGUUGAAGAUAAAGUCCUUUUUGAACAAGCUUUCAGUUUCCAUGGAAAAAGCUUUCACAGAAUUCAACAAAUGCUUCCGGACAAGACUAUUGCAAGCCUUGUAAAAUAUUACUAUUCCUGGAAGAAAACACGCUCUAGAACAAGUUUAAUGGACCGCCAAGCAAGAAAACUAGCUAAUAGAAAUAAUCAAGGUGAUAGUGAUGAUGAUGUUGAAGAACCUCACCCUAUGGAUGGAAAUGAUAGUGAUUAUGAUCCCAAAAAGGAAAGUAAAAAAGAGGCAAAUCAAAAAAUAAAUGCCCGUUGGACAACAGAAGAACAACUUCUUGCAGUUCAAGGUGUCCGCAAAUAUGGUAAAGAUUUUCAAGCUAUUGCUGAUGUAAUCGGCAAUAAGACUGUUGGACAAGUGAAGAACUUCUUUGUAAACUACAGGCGUCGUUUUAACUUAGAGGAGGUAUUGCAGGAGUGGGAAGCAGAACAAGGAACCCUGGCUUCUAAUGGUGAUGCUUCUGCUUUAGGGGAGGACACAAAAAGUGCUAAUGUGUCAUCAGGAAAAAGUACAGAUGAAGAAGAUGAGGCCCAGAUCCCACAGACUCCUCAUUGUGUAGGGUCUUCUCCACCAGCCCAGGCGUCUACUCCAACACCAGCAACUCCUGUAACAACUUUGAACCAGCCUCCUCCAUUGCUUCGUCCAACCCUUCCAGCUGCUCCAGCUCUCCAUCGUCAGCCUCCACCACUACAGCAGCAAGCUCGAUUUAUUCAACCAAGGCCAACCCUAAACCAGCCCCCUCCACCACUCAUCCGUCCAGCUAAUUCCAUGCCUCCUCGCCUAAAUCCAAGACCAGCACUGUCCUCCACUGGCGGGCCACAGCCACCUUCACUUAUUGGAAUCCAGACAGAAUCACAGUCCCCGCUGCAUUAAACAAAUAGGACAGAACUAUGGUAUUUAAAGUAGUAUCAGUGUCUAUUUUCCUCAGCUAAUGAAGAGGUGAAGGGAGGGAAAGCAAGCUUUCCACAGUACUGAACUGUCACAAAGAAGAAGGUGGAAAUGGAUAUAUAAUAUGUGAAUGAUCUGAGUGAGAGAAACUUCAGUGCAGUAAAUUAUUGCAAAGAAAACCAUGUCUACAAAGUCAGCAUUUUACAAAGCUAACUUCUUUUUUUAAAAAGAAAAGAAGAAAAUUCACUGCACUAUGACUUCAACUGGUUUUUAGUCUAUUUAUUUUAUAAACUCCUUUGUAUUCAACUUCAUGGAAGUAAACCAUCUGGAUAGUGUAAGUUUCAAUUUAAGAUUCAAACAGGGCUGUAAAUGUUGAUAAACUGGGGAAAUUAUUUUUACAUUUUCCUAUGUUAGGAGCGCAAGUAUUACUGACAAGGCUGCCAUUCAGAUUUUGACAGAUACCACCACUUCGUACAUUUUUCUAGGCUUGUAUUUUCUAUAUUUCUUCAUACUUGUCUACUUAUUGGAAAAAGGCUUGAAGAGUGCAAAACUAAGGUACUAAAGAGGUUCAACUAUAUAUGAGAUCUUCUGAUACUGGAAACAUGAAUUGCUAGUGCAAACUCUGAUAUAGACAACAAGUGAGUUACCAUUUGCAUCCAACACUAGUAGCCAGGCGGCUAAUAAAGUCACAGUUGUCUUCUUUUUAAUAAACUUUGUAGUACUACUUCUUACCUGAAAUUUUAUUCUAUUAAGUUCUGGAAAUAAUUUAGCAAGGAAUGCUGAAUUCCAUACAUAUAGGGGCACGGUGAAACAGUCAAAUAUUAAGAAUGUUUCCUGCUUCAUUUCUUGGGAUCACUCAGUCUCUUUUUGCUGUUUCUUGCCAGUGCAUGUCCUCUCUUUUUUUCUCUUGGCAUCAAAAAAUAUGCCAAUUCAUGCUUUACUUAAUCAGUUGCAGUUUCUAAUCAAAGUGACUUGCUUUUAAUUUUGGGCAAGAAUACCAAGCAAUGAAAAUCUAUUUUCUGAAAGGUGUGCAUCUCUUUAAUACAAUUGGCUUCCCCACUUCUUACUAAAACAACAGUGUUUUAACUUUCAAAGUUAAAAUUCAGGAUGAUUUCAUGUAUAGCAAAGCUGUACUAGUCUCUUAUGUACUGCAUUUUACAGCUCAAAUAUCAAAACUUUUAGACUAACACUUUAUCAUGAUUAAGGUGUUAAAGGGAUUUUGCCCAUUAACUUUCAUGUUCUUAAUUUUUAAAAAUUCUUAUUUAAAUCAAAUUUCAUUUGUAGUAUAUUAAAUAGAAAAUCCUUCAAUGGAUGUCUCUUGUACAUUAUCUGUAUCCAACCAGAGUGUUUGGUUUUUAAUACUGGCUUUUUGGGGGGUGGGAGCAUCACUAUCCCUUGCCAGAAUUCUUGGUACUUCGCUAUAUUUGACCUUUGGUUCCGAUGUCAAUAUUAAUCCACUGGAAUUCUUCCAAUCUGCCAUAGUCCUGUUUGUGCAUUUUGGCAUAACUCUCUAAAUACCAAACUAUUAACAAUGCAUCUUCAAUAUUUAAAUAUGUAGAUCAGGUUUCCCAGUGACUGUAUUGUCCUUUUUUAUUUUAUUUUUUUGGCUAACUUUUGUCUUGUCUCUCGUUGCUAGAACUUCAGUAUGCAGAAGAUUGGGUGCUGCCAUUUAAAUGGCAAUUUUAGACUAUCAAAACUGUAACUGGGCACUUGUGUGUUUGGGUAUGAUGGUAUGUAGUAUAAUACUGCUUUACAUACGCUAUGCCACACAGUGGCAUACAGUGACAAAAUGUUUAGCAUUUGUAGUACUGAAUAUGUACAUAGCAAAAUGUUGUCCUUUUAAAAAUUGUGUGCUUUCCAGAUUAUGUGCAUACAGCUUGCACGUCCUGUUUGGGGUAGGGGGUUGUGUUAAGCAGUGUUUUUGCCUGGAGGAGUGAAAUGCUUGCUGCUUAAUCAAAGAAUUAAAGUUUCCAAGGAAUCUGUGUCUAUUUUUAUGUACCUUGUAACGGUUUAAGAUACUUAGGCCCUAUACUGUGAUUCUCUUCUAAAUUCAUUUAUAUUUUUUUAAAGAUUAGAAAUAAAACUAUACAAUUUUUUUUUCAUUUCAAAGAAGUUUUCUUUUUGGGCAAUAUUAUAAAAAUCUAGUUUGACUUUGUACCAUUUCUACAAACCACAAUCUUCAUCUUGGUUUAUUUUUGUCACUUUAUAAAAUGUAAAAAAAAUGCACUCCCUUUUAAGUUGGGCAAAAAUUUAUUUCUUACAGUGGUUAUGACAAAUGUAACAUUGCAUCUUCUUUUUAUGUACAGUUUUCAGUUACAAUAAAGAAAUAUAAAAACUUUUAAA